CAAAGGCCUCAUGUCCAGCUGCUGCGCCCUUGCUAGAGAGACAGUUCCACGUUCUUGUGGGUGUCACUGGGAGUGUCGCAGCCCUGAAGGUGCCUCUUCUGGUGUCCAGGCUUUUGGACGUUCCUGGCGGGCUACUGGUGAUAGUGCUGGCUGAGAACAUCCCCGAGGAACAGGACUGAGAUCUCAGGAGUUCUCCAUAGAUCUAGCAAACAGUGGGCUGACUCUGGAAAGGCGGCCUUUACCAGAGAAAUGUGAGACACUGCUUUUGGGACCCGAGAAGUAACUGUGCAGGCACAGCCUGGGACUGUGGCUUAGUAGCAACACAGCUGGAAGUAGCGGUGGUCACAACUGAAAGAGCCAAACAUUUCUACAGCCCCCAGGACAUCCCCGUCACCCUCUACAGCGACACCGAUGAAUGGGAGAUGUGGAAGUGCCGGUCCGACCCCGUUCUCCACAUUCACCUGCGGAGGUGGGCAGACCUCAUGCUGGUGGCUCCACUUGAUGCCAACACUCUCGGGAAGGUGGCCAGUGGCAUCUGCGACAACUUGCUUACCUGUGUCAUCCGGGCCUGGGACCUCAGGAAGCCCUUGCUCUUCUGCCCGGCGAUGAACACCGCCAUGUGGGAACACCCCAUCACCUCGCAGCAGGUGGGCCAGCUCAAGGCCUUCGGCUACGUGGAGAUCCCCUGUGUGGCCAAGAAGCUGGUGUGUGGCGACCAAGGUUUGGGCGCCAUGGCAGAGGUGGACACCAUUGUGGACAAAGUGAUGGAAGUUCUCUCCCGGCACGCUGGCUUGCAGCAGAAUUGAACCCAGGAUCUCGGUCCCAUGUGUCCUUCUGCACCCAGUGUUUUUCCAGGCCGCGUCGGUGGAGGUGGACAGCAGCACAGUGUGCUGGACGGAGGCCUUCGCUGAAUCUCCAAGGCCUGCCCUGCUCUGCAUUAACUGCCAAGGCCCAGGUCUCAGCUUCUUUCAACCAGGAGACGCCCGCUUUCUGGAGCCCCUCCCUCCCUUUUCCUGGGAUAGGCCCAGCAAGCCAGAGGAGCAAGCUGCCAUAUUGUGCCUGUGUCCCUGGAAGGGGAUUCAAGGAGAGACUGACCCACCCUGAGUCUACACCAUGUCCAGGAACUGUUUUUAGAAACAGCCUCAACUGGAGAUCCCCAGUGUGAUGGGCCCCUGGCCAGGCCCUUGGAGCUUCAGCUCCCUGGUGGGUGCCCAGGUACCACGCAGAGUCGGGAAAGCCUGUGAGGUGGCAAGACCCUGAGAAUUCCCACAGACUAUACUGUGAGAUGGGGAUACUGGGAAAUAAAGUGACCUUUGAGAGACA